UGAAAGCGACCAGGGCAUGAUCGCGACAUGUUGUAAAUAAGUUCAGGUAUUAACGGUUAUCCUCAGUAGUGCAACAGAUGCAUCUAACCGGCUAAGAUCACAUUAGGACGAUUAUAAUCAAUCAUGAACGAGAAUGAGGUAGCGAUGUCUCGGGGUGUGGAUAUAUUUCUCCAAUCGAUCGGAUUACAAGGAUAUAUAUCCAGCUUUCUUCACAAGGGUUAUGAUCGGGAGACAGACCUACAGCACAUCGGGGAGGAGGAUUUAGAUGAGAUGUGCAUUACGAAUCCCUCCCAUCGGCGUGACCUACUUUCGGCAGCUAAAAAGCACAAGGUGAGCGAGGAGAGCAAGUUGCUUGAAUGGCUGCGAGGGUAUGAGCUGGAGCAUUACUUUAUAGGCUUUAUCGGGAGCGAGCUCGUGGACCUGGACGACAUCGCACGUCUCAGUCUUCCCGACGUCACCAUGUACGACGAGCUAGAGAUGACGAUGCCGGGCCACCAACGACGACUGGAGAGGGCAGUGCGGCAGUUGAACAAACGUCGGAAGAUCGGAGACUCGGAUCUCGAGGUUCCCGUUGCCGAGGGGUUCUGGGGUAAACCCACGAACCUUGACGACGCCAAGUAUGACUUUCUCUGCGUGGAGGCCACAGUAACAUCGACACUGGACUCCUCUAGAAGACAUACAAUAGAUUUCAUGGUCGAUUCUGGAAGUGACGUCACAACGUUACAAGAGGAUCUUUUAUACACACUAAACCCGGAGCUGAUCGGGCCCAUCAACAGCAAGGGAGUUCACUCUUCCCGGAGGAAGAACCUCUACAGAGCCAAACUCACCAUUGGAACUCAAGACCUGGAAAUAGAGGUUAUGGGAGAAUCCUAUAAUUCCCUGGGAAGUCGCGUGCUACGUCACUUCCGGCAUUACAUCACGGGAUCUAAACAUAUAUGGCUACCUGGUGACUUCUUCGACCCAACCAUGUCGUCUGCCUUAAUGAAGGCAAGCCGACCCGAUGACUCUUCAGAAUGUACGAAGCAGACUCCUACCACUCAUGAAACUGGCGAGUCAUCCCAGAAACAGUCAGGUGAAACAAACACAAUGACCUCACAAGAUACGCCGAUGACGUCGCUAAACAUGCCGACAACGUCACAUCACACGUCGACAACGUCAAAUUGUCCUGAAAAAAUAGAAGACAAUAUUGUUCAUAUAAACCAGCUUGAUUUAAUAGCACACGAUAAUGAAAUAGCAGAAAGGGGCCCAGAUCGUGAGGUUAUUGCACCCUUAGGUAAAGACUGUGGUGACUCCAGGGAUUGUGCACGUGAACAGGGGCUCGAAAGUUCUAGUGGUGCCGUGGGAGAAAUAAAGGACAAUGUUGACGGAAAACUAUCAGCACAUAAUGGCCAUAUAUUACACAAUGGCGUCACCGAUUCAUGAUGAAAACAAUUGGAAUCAAAUACUUCCCACACAAGUGCCAGCAAUGCUUUAUUCAUCCACUGAGAUGAUGGCAUUACGAAUGACAAUGGGGCCGAUGGCGGCAAAGUAAACACGGCACAGCUCAUUGUGUUCUUGCGUUGACGGGACUGUGCGGCAUAGUGCGGUGAUUACUGUGAAAUAGUCAAGUUGUUUGGUGCCAGGAGUCACUACUGCCUGGGACAUCCGGGGUAUGGUCUCUGCUGUUGGAGAUAUGUCUCAUCUCUACUGGAGGCCAUAGACUGGAUAAUCGAGGGUGCAGGAGUCACUACUGCCUGGGACAACCGGUGUAUGGUCUCUGCUGUUGGAGAUGUGUCUCAUCUCUACUGGAGGCCAGAGACUGGGUAAUCGAGGGUGCAGGAGUCACUACUGCCUAGGACAACCGGUGUAUGGUCUCUGCUGUUGGAGAUGUGUCUCAUCUCUACUGGAGGCCAUAGACUGGAUAAUCGAGGGUGCAGGAGUCAUGCACUGACGUACACGAUCCCUUUUCUUCUCGAUGCCUGUUUAUACAGUGAACACAGAGCUUGGAAGCAUAAUGGUGCUACUAUUUAAAUUAUAUUUACAGAUGAAAAUGGUUAAUGUGCUACCCCGCAUACCCGACGGUUACAUUUGAGAAACACAGAAAAAUGACUUUCAGAAACAAAGGGAUAUUACUCAAUAUUUGAUUAUUUCAUCGGGGAUUUGUGGGAAUGAUGACAUCCCUACAAAGGGGUUUCACGAUGUACAAUAAUAGCGACCAAACCAUUCCCAUAGUCAUAAGAAAUCUCCAGUGUCCUGUGUACGAAUCCGACUAUGCAAUAUACCUGUGUUAAUGAAUCAACAUCCAAUAGUGAUGACACUAGGUGUUGGCGAAAAGAUGAGCGUAACCUGCCCACCCGUGACCCGUAGUAAAUUUGGACUCGUCCCAGCCCUAAUAGAUAUGCAGUGAGUGUGUGGAACACCACAUUCAUACCACUGUCUUCUUGCAUAUUCACAUGCAGUAUUGUUAUUACAAAUAUUUUGUGUUGCAAUAGGUUAUUGAAUAUUUAUCAGCUGUGUUCAAAUUGUGGUGAUGAGGUUUGCAGGACACCGGCUCAAUAACCGGUAAAACAUUAUGUGAGCAAUUCUUCUCGCCAGGUGCACUCGUGUAGAUUUCAAUGAAAUCGAAUUUGUACUAAUUUUGUUACCUUGAUAAUUUCUUAUUAAUUUGUUAUGACCAAAGACAAAUAUUUUCAUAGAUAUUUUAACAUUUUUAUAAGAUUUAUUUUAUCAGUAUAUUUUUUAUUUUUUACAUUCAUCAUGUUUUGUGUAUUCAUUUAUUCUUCCAGUGCACUCGUUUAUUUAGUUUCUGACUUCUCAUUUUUUUAAUACAUGUAUCCAGAUAUUCCGGUCCAAAAUAUCUUCAUAUGUUAGUUCAUUGGACCAUUUGACGUGUUACCCUAGUUACAGCUCGCUUCACAUUCCACGUUCCAGUUCAUCAUAAUUGAUUCACAUUUUGUGCAAUUAGAUAACGCUCACAAACUGUCAACAUGCAAUAAUACAUAAAUGUUAUUUAUAGAAAAGCUGUUUUAUUUGUUAUUGUUUUGUACUGGUAAUUAUAAAAUCUUACUUGUUCUUAA